AUGGCCAUGUCGUCCUCAAGCACAACACGUUCGCCCUCUGCCUCAGCGGCUCGAACAGACAAAAGCAAAAAGCAAGGGAAAAUAGUCACACUCAAACUGCUGCCGAAACUCCUGCGUCAAUUCGAAGACCCUUCCACCAGAUCAGAGGUACAAUCUACACCCUCGGCCGCCUCGUCGCCUGCUCCUGCAGUUGAAGACGCCUCUACUUUGAAGGUCCCCGAGCUCAAUGACAACGCCUCAGAGUCCAACUCGACACCUGCACCCACGGCCGCGGACUCAUCCAAUGCUGAUGUCCCAAAGAAGCGCAAAGGCCCUCUCCUGGGAUCCAAGAGAAGCCUAGGACAAAUGCUUGAUUCGAACGGACUACCAAAACCGCGAGGCAAACCAGGCCCGAAGAAGAAGCCAAGAUUAGAAGAUGGAACCAUCGAUCACAGCGCCGUCAAGGCUUCAAUCACCACCGGAGUGGGUCCCAGCCACAAAUUGGGCCCCAAAGCAAACCAAGGUGCUAUCAACGCCGGCUUGCGCGCCCUGGAUAGAUCAGGCAAACCCUGUCGCAAGUGGACCAGGAAGCCCUUCUCGCUGAAGAGCUUCACCGGUGUAGUUUGGGAUCUUCCUUCCUGGAGGGGCCAAGAAAGACCAAGAAUAGCCAACGGCGAAGAGUCAAGCGACACCAAGGAGAUUUCACAAAGCAGCAGCGACGUCAAACCCGACGAAAGCGACACCGCCAUGGAUAGUACCGCCGGUGAUCAACCCGACCCCAUGGUUAUGUCCACCCCAGCUGCGAGCUCUCCUGCACCAAUACCACCACCUUCUUCAGCUAUUGCUGCCCAAGGUUAA